AUGCAGGUGCUAUCAAAAGAAUAUCCAAAAAUGGAAGCUGCUAAUGAAACCAAGAGACAGGUUGUUCCGAUCCUCAUGGUUCCCAUUAAUAGAUACCUACGCUACCUCAUUUUAUGCACAAUAUAUAUGAGGGAGAUGGUUAUCAAAAUGACAGAAUUAAAUGUCGUAAAAGACGGUGUUGUAACAUCCGGAUUUUACCAGUUAAAUGGUGUUGAGGAGAAAAUGAGGCAAAACAUUAGUAACAAUCUUGAGGUUCCUGUCCAAGUCGGGGGUUGGUUGGGUGAUGUAGAAAAGAUCAAUGCAAAAGUCGAAAAUGUUUCUCGUGACACUGGCAGCUGUUUUAAUAUAAAGAUUAGAUACAGGGCAGGGAGGAAUGCCUUUGAGAUAAAUGAGGAGAUCGACAGUGUCAUGAGACGAUACAAAGAGAUCAACCGGGCAGAUCAUCCAAUUCCUCCAGGAAGGGUUGAUUCCAUGAAGCCAUCCACAUCAACACCAUCAGCUGAACACAAUGACUUCCAAUCAAGAGAGGUGACUUUUACAAAAGCACUCAAAGCACUCGACCCGAACCACAAAUCCCACAUGAUAGCCUUAUGUGGGAUGGGGGGAGUAGGGAAGACAACAAUGAUGCAAAGGCUGAAGAAAAUUGCUGAAGAAAAGAAAAUGUUUAAGUUUAUUGUUGAAGUGGUGAUAGGGGAAAAGACAGACCCUAUUUCUAUUCAGGAAGCUAUAUCAUAUUACCUUAGUGUAGAGCUCAGCGAAAAAAAUAAGUCGGUAAGAGCUAAUAAGCUUCGUCGAGGGUUCAAGGCCAAAUCAGAUGGAGGUAAGAAUAAGUUCCUCAUAGUAUUGGAUGAUGUGUGGCAGAGUGUUGACCUUGAAGAUAUUGGUUUAAGUCCUUUUCCAAAUCAAUGUGUCGACUUCAAGGUCUUAUUAACAUCACGAGACAGAAAUGUAUGCACUAUGAUGGGGGUUGAAGGUAAUUCGAUUCUCCAUGUGGGGCUUCUAAUAGAUUCAGAAGAACAUAGAUUAUUCUUGCAGUUUGUAGAAACAUCAGAUCAUGAGCUCCAUAAGAUAGGAGAAGAUAUUGUAAAGAAGUGUUGCGGUCUACCCAUUUCCAUCAAAACCAUGGCAUGUACUCUUAGAGAUAAAAGCAAGGAUGCAUGGAAGGAUGCAUUGUUUCGUUUAGAGCACCAUGACAUUGAAAAUGUUGCGUCUAAAGUUUUUAAAACGAGUUAUGAAAAUCUCCAAGAUGAUGAGACUAAAUCCACUUUUUUGCUUUGUGGAUUGUUUCCAGAAGAUUUCAAUAUUCCUACCGAAGAGUUGGUGAGGUAUGGAUGGGGAUUGAAAUUAUUUAAAAAAGUGUAUACCAUAAGAGAAGCAAGAACUAGGCUCAACACCUGCAUUGAGCGGCUCAUCCAUACAAAUUUGUUGCUUGAAAGUGUUGAUGUUAGAUGGGUCAAGAUGCACGAUUUGGUUCGUGCUUUUGUUUUGGGUAUGUAUUCUAAAGUGGAGCAUGCUUCAAUUGUCAACCAUGGUAAUACACUAGAGUGGCAUGUGGAUGAUACAGAUGACUCUUAUAAAAGACUUUCAUUAACAUGCAAGAGUAUGUCCGAAUUUCCUAGAGACCUCAAAUUUCCAAACCUAAUGAUUUUGAAACUUAUACAUGGAGAUAAGUUCUUGAGGUUUCCUCAAGACUUUUAUGAAGGAAUGGGAAAGCUCCAAGUUAUAUCAUACAAUAAAAUGAAGUAUCCAUUGCUUCCCUCGUCAUUUCAAUGCUCCACCAAUCUUCGAGUGCUUCAUCUCCAUGAAUGUUCAUUAAGGAUGUUUGAUUGCUCUUGUAUUGGAAAUCUGUUAAAUCUAGAAAUGCUUAGCUUUGCUGAUUCUGGCAUUGAAUGGUUACCUUCUACAAUCGGAAAUUUGAAGAAGAUAAGGCUAUUGGAUUUGACAAAUUGUCAUGGUCUCUGUAUAGCUAAUGGUGUCUUUAAAAAAUUGGUCAAACUUGAAGAGCUCUAUAUGAGAGUGGUUCGUCAACAUAGAAAGGCGGUCAACCUCACUGAGGAUAACUGCAAUGAGAUGGCAGAGCGUUCGAAAGAUCCUUCUGCACUAGAACUUGAGGUCUGUAAAAAUAGCGUUCAACCAAAGAAUAUGUCAUUUGAGAAGCUACAGCGAUUCCAGAUCUCAGUGGGGCGUUAUUUUAUGGAGAUUCCAUAA